AUGGACCCAUCAAAGCUCCCACCCUUCCAAAUCAAUGGCGCCACCAAAUCAAUCCCCAGCGUGGAAAUGCACACAGCGGGCGAACCAACCCGCAUAAUCUGGAUGGGGUUCCCCGAGCUAAAGGGGACACUGCUAGAGCAGCGCGCGCAAGCAAAAUCCCACUUCGACCACUUCCGACGCCUCCUCAUGCUCGAACCGCGCGGCCACUUCGACAUGUACGGCGCGAUCCUGCGGCCGCACACCGAGCUCGUGGACGCGGGCCACGCAGAUAUCGGCGUACUUUUCACGCAUAACGAGGGGUUCUCGACCAUGUGCGGACAUGCGACGAUCGCUCUGGGUCGGUUCCUAGUCGAUGUCGUUGACACGGCUAUCUUUCCUCGUAGACACCAGCUUCGACAUGAUACUAUCUCGGGGACAACUAGACUUACCUUGCAUGUUCCCUGUGGUCUGGUCGAGGUGAGCGUGCCCACGUUGCCGACGGGGUCGUCGGACCCCUCGCGUCCUGUGUCUUUUGUGUCGGUGCCCUCGUUUGCGACGGCUAUCUCCUUGCGCAUUCCGCUGGCUCCGCAGUACCGCUGGCCGGAAGUAAAAGGGCGUGACUCGGUCACGGCGGAUUUUGCGUAUGGCGGAGCGUACUAUUGCAUGGUUAGUGCCGAGGAACUGGGAUUUCCGCGCGGGCUGGCAGAGAUCGACGUACAGAAGAUGGAUCAUGCCACGAAGCUGCUGAAAGAGGCCGUUGUUGGCAACGCAGAGCUCGAGUACCUUACCAGAGACAUCAUCACAGGGGAAGAAGGCUUUCUCUACGGGAUUAUGAUCACCGAUGGUCGACUGGGCCAUGUGCAUUCCUCCGAUGACUCUGCAGGCGUGCAUGCACAACGCGAUGCAAGCAGCGAGGAGACCGGGUUGUGCUUUUUCGCCAACCAGCAGAUCGACCGGUCUCCCACGGGUGGCUGUGUUGCGGCGCGCGUGGCUCUGGCACAUGCGAAAGGGGCGUUGGCCGUCGGCGAGAAAAGGAUGUAUAAUUCGUUGGUCAGUCGCGCUUACAAGGGGCUUUCGGGGUUUAUUGGGUCGGUGGCUGGCGAGGCCGACACGAACAGCAAGGGACAGCAGAGCGUGCGAGUCAAUGUAGAAGGCUGCGGGUAUUAUACCGGGUAUCAUUCUUUCGUGGUGGAAAAGGACGAUGGGCUGGGUGUGGACGGGUUCUCGAUGAGAGAUCUCGCCCUCUAA